AUGCUUAACGAAAGUUUAGAAUCAGAUAAGGAGCUUGAUCCAGAGAGAGAAAGACAAAAAUUAAUGCUCAAGAGAUAGAAGUCAAUUGAGGAGAGUCUCUAACUAAGUGUGAAAGAUCAUAUCAUAAAAUUGGAAGUAAUCAAUUGAAAUACUUUAGAAUUAUUUGGUUGAAUUGAAAAAAGACCUAGAAAACAGCAAAAAAGAGAUGUCUAAUCUAAGAAUGGACAUUGCUACUGUAAAGAAUACUCAUGGGACCAUGAGUGACGAUCUUACUACAUUUAUACAAAAUGAUGUAUUAUUAAUCGAAAUGCAUUUUAGGCCAAAAGAGUCUUAAAUGAGACACUGAAAAAAUCUUAGGAUGCUUAGCAUGAUAGUGAAUUUUUGGAUGCUCAACUAAAUGUAUUAAAAAGUGAUAAAGAUAAAUUACAAGAUGUUACAUCUACAUUAGAAAAAAGAAUUGUUUCAUGUGAGACUGAUGUUGGAUUUAAACAUGUCUAUGAUUGA